AUGUGGAACUUUCAAAAACUCUCUGAACAUCCCUACUCGUCCUCUGCUGGUGUCAGCCGCUCCGCGAAUGAAACGACAGACUCCUUGGACCGGGCGAACGCAACGGAAAGAGACGAGGGGUGCAAGCUGUCAACUUCCUGCUUUUCAACCAAGAAGUACCCUUGGAUGAGAGAGACACAUCCACCUAUGGGCUUCAGCCCCAUUAGUGUCGUGGAGUCAGGUGAGUCCAGGUACGGCAGUGGUGGAGCACAGGAUAGCAGCUGUCCUAACAGUAAGCGGGCACGUGCAGCGUUCACCUCCUCCCAGUUGCUCGAGCUGGAGAAGGAGUUUCACUUCAGCGCUUACCUGGGCCGCAACCGGAGACUCGAAAUGGCUGCGCUGCUGAAGCUCACCGACCGCCAGAUUAAGAUCUGGUUCCAAAACCGGCGCAUGAAGUAUAAGAAAGAUCACAAAGAAAAGUCAAUGGCGAAGUCCUCUUACUCCUACCUGGAAGCAGGUAACCAGCCCUUUGUGAUUAGCGGCAACAUAGUGGAUCCUUCGGUGCCAAUGAAAUUUCAAUACUGCUAUGAAAGACCAUCGAUGUCUGGUGUGAACUGUGCGCAGAGCCACUGGUGA